AUGUCGUUCUUCAAGGGCCCCGCGGCUCCGGCCCGCGUACCGACUGACAAAGUUAUCCCGCUGCACUUCUGGGACGACAGCCCCCUCUAUCGGAGAAUCGCAUUGUACAAUCUCAAGGUGUUUGAUGAUGUUCUUGAUCCAGAGAUGCUCCGUAGUAGUCUUGAGGCCCUGGUCUCUCAGGACACUUGGCGGAAGCUGGGAGGAAGGUUGAGGAAGAACGACCAAGGUGGUCUCGAGUAUCAUGUUCCUGAGGAGUUCACCUCGCAACGUCCUGCCGUCGGCUUCACCAGGGUUGACUACAGUGGGGUGACAAAGGCCGAUCACCCUCUCGCUUGCCGCCUCCCCAAGCCAUCUUCGCGUCCCGCUGUGGUCGGUGAUCCCGAUGAGUGUAUCGAUCUCGCCUGCGGGCCGGGCUGUCCAACUUCGAUCGACGAUUACCUCUACUCUGACCGGCCCAUACUCGGAUUGCACGUCGUCUCCCUCAAGGAUGCCACUCUUGUCACGCUGCACUGGUUACACAUUGCCUGCGAUGCCCUGGGCAUGAAGGCAUUGGUGGGAGGUUGGGUCCUCACGAUGCAGGGAAAAGAAGUCCCCGCCCAGCAGGGCUUCGAUACUGACCCUCUCGAGGAGCUGGGAAAGCAUCCCAAGGAAGCUCACAAGUUGGCUGACCAGCGCAUGAACACUGGUUCUCUACUCACAUAUGCCUUCAAGAAUGGAUACAGCUUGGCGUUCGGUAAGAAGGAGUGCCGAAUGGUCUGUAUCCCUGGCGCGUACCUUGACAAACUUCGCACUACUGCCCUCGAAGAGCUCUCUGCUGCUGGCGUUCAAAACCCCUUCCUCACAGACAAUGAUGUCCUCGUCGCCUGGUGGACGCGCAUCGCCCUGUCCCAUCUCCCUCCAGACUCUGACCGUCCUGUCACCGUACAACUUGCCAUGUCGCUGCGCAAGGCCCUCGAGAAGGACCUUCUACCUCCAGGCAACCCAUAUGUCUCCAACUGCUUUGGCUUUACCAACCUGCUACUCCCAGCAAUGAACUUUAAACGGGAGCCAGUUAGCAGCAUCGCGUCGCAGAUGCGCACAGCGCUCAAUGAGCAGGGCACCCGCGCCCAAGUCGAAGCAUACCAAGCCUUGGUACGAGACUCGAUUGCUCCUCUGCCGGUCUUUUUCGGAACUGGAAAUACAUACCAGAUCUCAUAUUCCAACUGGACCAAGGCUGAUCUUUACGGAGCCGACUUCUCGGCGGCGGCGGUCACGCCCAGGGACGAGCCGCUAUACGCGUCGUACAUCGCUCAUUGUCAAGUUCCUUUCCAGUUCCCUGAAGGCUUCAUUGUUGUUGGAAAAGACUCACAUGAGAACACUUGGCUCUGCGGAUAUCGGGUACAAGGCUUGUGGGACAAGGUCGAGCAGGAGCUGGCAGCACUGGAUGCUUGA